CUUCUGCAAUCCUCUAGAGUGCAACUUCCCUAUGGACUCGCUGCCCCAGGGCCAGGCCAGGCCAGGCUUUGGCAGCCCAGUCAAAAGCAGCACCAGCUGCAUACUCCUUAUUGUCACUGUCCCAGGCACUGGGGAUACAGCGGCCAAUACAAGAGCCAAGCCCCUGCCAGGCGGAACUGACGUUAGCCGUGUGUGCUGAGGCAGGUGCAGGUUGUGGAGGGAGGGAGAACUAAACACGUAAAUAUCCUGGCAGAGGCUGUGAUAAAUGGCAGGGCAGGGGUGCCAGGAGGGCCAAGACCCCAAGGCAAGAGUAAGGGAUCCAUGGGUUGGAGCCAGGGACAGCAUGGAGAUGUGCCUGGAUGGGAGAGUGGGUGAAGGGAGCUGGCAUAGGGAAGUGAGCAGGGGCAGGGCCUGGCUGGGCCUCUUCUCCUGGCGGCCACACCCUCUGACCCUCAGACAUGAGCCCAAAGGAGGAGCUGCCUCCUCUUUAGCAAUUUCUGACGUUUGUUGCCCCUUCCGCUGCUCCCUCACAUCUCUUGCACACUCCCAGGACUCACUCCUCUGUGUAACACACACACAAUAUCAAACUUCUUGAGGGUAGGUAGCACAUCUUAUGCAACUCUGGGUUAUCCCCACCUCUAUGUUCACCAUGGUGCUCUGGAAUAAUAUAAAAAUACAGUGUCAAUGUGUCGAACUGAAAGAAUGAUGUGGCCUGAAGCACGUUACUUGCUUCUCAUGCCUUGCCUUGGUUUCCUUGCCUGUAAAAUGGGGAUAAUAAACAGUCCUGCCUCACCGGACUGUGUUGAGGAGAAAAUGAGUUAAAGGCUGUGAAAACUGGGAGCCCAGGUAACCUGGACCUUGGGAGACCACCAGUGUUCCCGGGUUUUAGGGGUUUCUCUUGUUGUGAGCUGGGUGAUCCCUGAGCUGCUGGGAAAGACUCUCUCCCUCCUAGGCCAGGGGAACCCCCACUGGGUUCCCUCCUGCCACCAUGGACCUCAGGUUCCUCCUCUGAGGAGAGUUGUGGGGGGGGGCGGCUGGGAGCACAGACUGUCACAAAUCCUUCCUGACAGUGCUUUUCCCCUCAGCCCAAACCCUUGUUGCCAUGAUUUAUUUCAUUUAAGCCAUUUUUAGUCUGUAGGAUAGUACCUCUCGGGGUCUUCCCUGUAAGCCCCUGCUCCCGCCCCAGAACCCAGAGCCCCAUCCCAGGGUGAGUCCAAACAAAGGGGACCCCCCCAGGGGACCAGCAGCCGCCAAAUCUGAGAUAGGGCUUUCACCGCAGGGCUAGCUGAGCCCCUGCAAUAAGGAGAGCGGCCAGAAACCCAGAGCCCCUCGCUGGCAUGUGGGUUCUCCCAGAUGACCAUGUCGCCUGCCCGCUCCCACCUGAGACGGGGAAAGGGGCAUCGUCUCAGCCUCCUCUCUGCUCCCACUGCUGUCCCCUUUUUUCCCAGGCUGUGGGAGGCAAAGGGUUAAAUCCCAUAGAGCUGAUGCUCUGACUCCAGGCUAGAGGGGCCCGGGAAGCUGGGGUCACUUCCUGCUCCGUCCCAGUCACCCUGAACUGGUCCCCGGGUCCUCAGCCUGGAAUCACCCCUUGAAAAGGACCCCAGAGUCCUCGACAUCUAGCCCGCCCCCCGAGGCAGGGCACUUAAAGGGUUAAGUCCCCUGGGGCUGGAUUCUGCCUUCCGGCUUUUCCCAGACCCCAGAGCCGGUCCCUGGAACUCUCUGCAGUCCUGAGCUCUGGGAUGGAGCCUGAGGCUGUGCUGUGGGGCCCAGAUUCACAGGGCCCUGAACAGAGCCCCAACGAUGUUCACAGAGGUGCCGAGAGUGGGAAUGAAGAGGAGAGCCCUCAGCAGGAAAGUUCUGGGGAGGAGAUCAUCUUGGGAGAUCCAGCUCAGAGUCCAGAAUUCAAGGACCCUCCAGAGAUGCCCCUGGAGAGAUCUUCCCAGGAUCCCUCAGGUCCCCAGGACUCCCCAACCCCACUAGGUCACUCCAGCCCCUUGGACCACCAGGCCCCUCUGGACCCCCCUGCCCCCGAGGUAGUCCCUGCUGCAUCGGACUGGACCAAGGCCUGUGAGGCCAGUUGGCAGUGGGGGACCCUCACCACAUGGAACAGUCCCCCUGUGGUCCCAGCCAAUGAGCCCAGCCUGCGGGAGCUGGUGCAGGGCCGCCCAUCUGGGGCGGAGAAGCCCUACAUUUGCAACGAGUGCGGCAAGAGUUUCAGCCAGUGGUCCAAGCUGCUGCGGCACCAGCGCAUCCACACGGGCGAGCGGCCCAACACCUGCUCCGAGUGCGGCAAGAGCUUCACGCAGAGCUCGCACCUGGUGCAGCACCAGCGCACGCACACGGGCGAGAAGCCCUACAAGUGCCCCGACUGCGGCAAGUGCUUCAGCUGGAGCUCCAAUCUGGUGCAGCACCAGCGCACGCACACGGGCGAGAAGCCCUACAAGUGCACGGAGUGCGAGAAGGCCUUCACGCAGAGCACCAACCUCAUCAAGCACCAGCGGUCCCACACGGGCGAGAAGCCCUACAAGUGUGGCGAGUGCCGCCGGGCUUUCUACCGCAGCUCGGACCUCAUCCAGCACCAGGCCACCCACACGGGCGAGAAGCCCUACAAGUGCCCCGAGUGCGGCAAGCGCUUCGGCCAGAACCACAACCUCCUCAAGCACCAGAAGAUCCACGCCGGCGAGAAGCCGUACCGCUGCACCGAGUGCGGCAAGAGCUUCAUCCAGAGCUCGGAGCUGACCCAGCACCAGCGCACGCACACCGGCGAGAAGCCCUACGAGUGCCUCGAGUGCGGCAAGAGCUUUGGCCACAGCUCCACCCUCAUCAAGCACCAGCGGACUCACCUGCGCGAGGACCCCUUCAAGUGCCCCGUGUGCGGCAAGACCUUCACCCUGAGUGCCACGCUGUUGCGGCACCAGCGAACGCACACUGGCGAGCGACCCUACAAGUGCCCCGAGUGUGGCAAGAGCUUCAGCGUCAGCUCCAACCUCAUCAACCACCAGCGCAUCCACCGCGGGGAGCGGCCCUACAUCUGCGCCGACUGCGGCAAGAGCUUCAUCAUGAGCUCCACCCUCAUCCGCCACCAGCGCAUCCACACGGGCGAGAAGCCCUACAAGUGCUCCGACUGCGGCAAGAGCUUCAUCCGCAGCUCCCACCUCAUCCAGCACCGACGCACCCACACGGGCGAGAAGCCCUACAAGUGCCCCGAGUGCGGCAAGAGCUUCAGCCAGAGCUCAAACCUCAUCACCCACGUGCGCACGCACAUGGAUGAGAACCUCUUUGUGUGCUCCGACUGUGGGAAGGCCUUCCUGGAGGCGCACGAGCUAGAGCAGCACCGGGUGAUCCACGAGAGGGGGAAGACCCCGGCCCGAAGAGCUCAGGGCGAUACCCUUCUGGGGCUUGGGGAUCCCGCCCUCCUGACCCCGCCGCCUGGAGCCAAACCACACAAGUGUCUAGUCUGUGGCAAGGGCUUCAAUGACGAGGGCAUCUUCAUGCAGCAUCAGAGGAUCCACAUUGGAGAAAACCCCUACAAAAAUGCAGACGGUCUCAUGGCACACCCAGCCCCUAAACCUCCUCAGUUCCGACCCCCCAGGCUCCCUUUUGGAGGGAAUUCCUACCCAGGUGCUGCGGAGGGCAGAGCCGAUCCCCCAGGACAGCCCUUUAAAAUGCCCGAGGGCCAGGAGAGCUUCAGCCAAAGGCUGGGGCUGCUCUCCUCCAAGUCCUACAUUUGUUCCCACUGUGGAGAAAGCUUCCUGGAUCGCUCUGUGCUCCUCCAACAUCAGCUCACCCAUGGCAACGAAAAGCCCUUUCUCUUUCCCGAUUAUAGGAUUGGCCUAGGGGAAGGGGCAGGGCCCAGUCCCUUCCUAAGUGGGAAGCCCUUCAAAUGUCCUGAAUGCAAAAAAAGCUUUGGCCUCAGCUCUGAGCUGCUGCUGCACCAGAAAGUCCAUGCAGGCGGGAAGAGCUCCCAGAAGAGCACGGAGCUGGGGAAGAGCUCUUCCGUCCUCCUGGAGCACCUCAGGAGCCCCCUGGGGGCCAGACCCUACAGCUGCUCCAAUUGCGGGGCCUCCUUCCUUGAUCGCCUGGCCCUCAUUCGGCACCAAGAAACCCACACCCAAGAAAAGUCCCCCAGACCUGAGGAUCCCCUUCCAGAGCCAGCCACCUUGUCCACAAGCCAGGAAGGUGAGGGAGAGGGCCCCGCCCCCACAGGGAGCAGCCCCCAAAGGCAAGGGGAAAGCCCCAAAGCCCUCUUGGAAGAAAAGCCCUAUUUGUGCCCUGAGUGUGGAGAUGGCUUCACAGAAGUCGCAGCCCUCCUGCUCCAUAGGAGCUGCCACCCAGGUGUCUCCCUGUGAAAUGGGUCUGGAGGCCAGAGGCCUCUCCCAAGAGGAACACUGGAUCCCCAAAAAUAUUAUGUGGGGACAGGAGGACAACCCUACCAGAUUGUAGAGAAGUGGAAGAUAAAGAACCCUGGGCAAAAAUAGUGUUUUGACAUCAGUGAUGAGAAACCCUAUAAAAUUGUUGGUGGGAACCAUUUGUAAGGCAGUAGAGAAAAACUGUUGGGUUAGAAACCCUAUAAAUAUGUAGGAAAAAAAAAAGCCCUGUAAGUCUGUAGCAGAAAAACCCUAUAAACCAUAGUGGAUAAAAGCCCUAUUAAUUGUAGGAAGAGGUCCCAAUAUGUCUCUAGACAACCCUGUAAAACUAUAUCAAAUCCUUAUCAAAAUCCUAUAGGGUUGAGGAAGUGCAGGCAAUAGCGCAAUGGCAUUGACUUGGAGCAGUGACCCUCAGGUGUUGUAGCAAACGCCUGCUUUAUGCUUGUUCCACAGUGUCCUCUCCCGUGGAGCGUGAGAGGGAGCCUCCCUCCCAGCAGCUUUGGACAGUUACACUGAGGACAAUGCCCGGCCGGGGAGUAGCGUGGGAACUGGGCGGAAGUGGAAAAGGAAGAAAAAACAAAGAGGAGGAAAAUAAAUGUCGAGGAGCUCCCAAGCCCACACAGGAGCUAGUAUCCAGGGACUAGGAGGAGAAAGGCCAACUCACUGCACCAGAUUCCUUGGGGUAGGAGGCCAAUCUUAGAUGAAUUGUGUGUGUUAGGGGGAGAGACCUGUGGAAUCCCUUAUCAAAAAGAACCCAAUGAUAGGGAAUCGUCAAGCCUUCCUAAAGGCUUAAGUUUCAGGUGCAUUAAAACUUUAAGUUUAAAAAUACUGAGAAACCAACACAAAAAUUAGAGGAAAGAGUGGGGGGAUUUCUGUUAAAGGGCUUUGAGGGAAGCAAACCAAGGUGGAAAAACUGUUCACAUGGAACCCAGCAAACUCCAGGCCAGUUUCCCCUGUUCCCGGGAGCUUGUUAAACUGCAAGUACAAGCAGAUCCCAGUUUGGGCCGUCAGGGUUUUCCCGAGCCAGGCAGGACUGCUCUUUCCCCAGCCUAGCUGGAGACUAAUUGCAAAGCCUCCAGGGAUGGCGGGUGCCUCCUGCCACAUUCUCAGGUCUCACUGUCAGGAGGUUUUUCCUGAAAUCUAACUGCCACCAGUCUUGCUGCAGUGGCAGCCCAUUUCCUCGAAUUCUGUCCUCGGUGGAGAGGGAGAACCGCUGCUAGUCGACCUCCAAAGAAUAAAACCCUCAGAGACUCAAGGCCUGUGUGCAGUUGUCCUUCCUAGACUUCUCUUCUCCAAGUCAGCAUGAACCACAUGUGGGUUCUCUGUGGCAACAAGGGACAGCAAGUCAACAGAAUAGAAAGGCUUCAUUAACCAACACCCUGAUUUUAAACCCGAGCCCUUCAUCUGAGCUGGUAGCAAGGCUGCCCGCAGGAUAAGCCAACUCCAACUCGGUGGCGGGUGUCUACACACCCCACAGACUGGACCAUAGGUUCCUGGAGAGUCCGUGAAGGCCUAACCACCCUCCUCACCCCAGUACCUGGAGCCGUCUGAGGUUGUGAUGACACCACCCAAUCUUGGCGUUGGGAAGGGGUGGACUCCACCCACUGGGCUCCUCUCUCUUCCUUAGCCAGAAACCUUCAGAGGGAAACAGAAGAAUGAGAAAUGCUCCCCUGCCAGGCCCACCUCCUCUCCUCACACACCACACAGUCACACACUUCCAUAGACCCAGCCAGACCUGCUCACGUGACCGGAUGUGUGGUAGGGGAGAGACUCUUGCCCUGUAGGAUGGUAGAAGAGAGAGAACUCUUGAGAAACAUAUCCAUAACAAGAAUUCCGCUCCCCAACCCUGGAGACCCUUGCCAAAGGAGAGGACUCUGCUCAGUGCUGGGUCGCAAAGGAAGUGCUCACUGACCCCACAGUGACACCAGAAAUGUGCUAUCCUGGAGUCAGAGGACUGAGAUGCCAGGUGAGGUGGCCCUUCAGGAGUUGAAUCCCUGGAGAAGGGUGACCUGGAUUCCUACAAAGCUCUGGAAGAGACCUCUAAUUCCAUGACCUAAAAGUUCAAAAGGUGAAAAUCCUUCAUCAUUCAUCUAUCCUGUCCCCAAAGGGAUGACCCUCAAAUUUAAAAGGAUCGAAAUCUAGAACAUUGUGGGAGAAAAAACAUGGGCCUGCUGGGCAUAGGGAGAAGGCGGGCCUCAUGAUUAUGGGUUGAACCUUGGUCACAUCUGCAUCCAGCCCCGCCCCACCCAAGUGCCAGCUAGGACAGCGUUGCUCCGAGGGGAGAAGCUGCCUGCAGAUCUCUGACAGAAAUGUCAACAAAGGGGGUGUCCCUGUAAGACUGAGGAGAUCAAUCCUCAAUCCCAUGCAGAUUCCCACCCCCUCUAAGAUGGUAGCAGAAAGAAACUUACAUUGUAGAGACAAACCCUUUGUAAAGCUAGAAGCAGAUUCUCCCAGAAACGGGUCUGAGGAAUCUGCCUGCAGAAGAGUCCUGGGAGCAGCUUGUGGGGCUCCAAAGCCAGCCUUGGGGGAGGUGGCGAGUGUAGUUGGAGGUCAGCUGUAGGCCCGCUGAGGACUAGGGUGUAGCAGACGUAGUAGGAUGCUCGCAUGUUGUAGGGACGUGAGGGCUCGGCCUUGGCUUGGGCACUGAGUGACCUGGACAUGACUUGUGGGGUCUGGCGUUUCACAGCAGGGAAGGGGCACAGUCAGCAACCUCUGGGGUGUGGCCUUGUUCUGCUGCCCACCUUCCCCAACUCCUUUACCCAGGUGCUUCCCUCCCAGACUGAGGUCCAUCUUGGGAGGAACACAGCAGGGAGGUGGCAGCAUCCAGAGUCCCUCUUACUGGCUCAGGCACAUGCCCAGGGGUCAAGGCAUUUGCCCACUAGAAUGCAGUCUGGAAGGCACAGUGUAGCCAAACCCUCUAUCCAACUCCAGGCCCAGACCCCUCAGCAGUGCCUGGUGAAGGAGCCUGACAGUCAGGGCGUCGGGCGUCACCCGUGAGAGCAGAAACUGAUCUGGGUUGAGGGUGAAACCUGAAGCUGCCGUGGCUGUGGAGGUCAGAUGGGAACUGGGAAGAACUGGGCAUGAAUUCUGAAUGGUGGGGAAAUGCGAAACCAUCACAACCAAAAUGCGGGUUCCAUGACACCGCCCUGAGGUGAGCAGUCCCAGACUCCUUUGCCUCCAGUAGGGAAGCCCCACUCACCUGACUGGUCCCCGCGAAGAGAGGCCCCACUUUUGAGUGUUGUGUGUCAAUAACAGUGUUGUGUCACUGGUGGUCAUGUUGAUUAGUUGAAGAGAAUAAAGGGAAUACGAUUU